AAUUGGUUUCAUGCGAGUCGCCAUUUCUGGGUACGCCCACUCCUCUUCUCCUCCCUCUGGUCUCGUGAUAGUGGUUAGUUGACAGCUGUAGCUAGCUAGUCAGCUGAAAGCGUCUCCAACCUCUCAUAAAAAAUAUGUUAUUAAAUUUAGCUUGUUAAAAGAAAGAAGAAUAAAACAAUUAUCGAAAUAAUCUCAACGACCACUGAAGAUGUUGUCUCGUUUACUAAAGGAGCACCAGGCGAAGCAAAAUGAGCGGAAGGAGCAGCAGGAGAGACGUAGGCGUGAAGCUAUUUCUGCAGCCACCUGUCUGACGGAAGCCCUGGUAGACCACCUCAAUGUUGGAGUUGCCCAGGCGUAUGUUAACCAGCGUAAGCUCGACCACGAGGUGAAGACUCUCCAAGUGCAGGCGAGCCAGUUCUCCAAACAAACUGCUCAGUGGAUCAGUAUGGUGGAGGGUUUCAAUCAGGCCCUGAAGGAAAUUGGGGAUGUGGAAAACUGGGCACGCAGUAUUGAGAUGGAUAUGAGGACUAUUGCCACAGCUCUUGAGUACGUACACAAGGGUCAACCUCAGUCUGCUUCCUCAUAAACUUCAUAGUGGAACAUUUACAGCUGAAGCCAAACACACUGGAAUAUAAUCCAACUUACUCCUAUGAGCAAAGUUGCAAGCAGCAAUGACUUUGCUUCUCAAAGUGGGCUCAUGAUGAUGGUUACUUUGACCAGAGCUAUGCUGAACAUCUGAAAUGGGUGAAACAUCUAUUUAGCAGUGACUUCAAU